UCUAGAUGGUAAUCAUUGAGCGUUUCCGUGGUUGUGCUUUAAGGGAGGUUUAAUUAGCACAAGAUAAGUAAAAUAUAUUUAACAUCACUUUAAUAAGAGAUUUGAAAACCUGAGAAGAUGAGUGCUUCUAAAAUCAUCAUGUGGAUUAAACAGCCUGUCUUCAGUCUUACAGUCUUACACAUGCUGGAAGGUUCCCCAACAGAGGCUUCAUGUGGACAAAAUACCUCUUGUGAUAUUAUUAAUCCUUUGGUGAUUGGAAUAAUCUUUUUUCUGGCUGCCAUGGUUAUCUUUCUCCUAAUAUUACUGUAUAGAGAAUUGAGUGCAAGACAUGACAUGAGAGUUACUGAGAACAGGGAAUCAACCCCUUUGAGUCAAAACUGUGCAUUAAACGUUCGCCCUCCUUCAGUCAACGGUGCAUAUGACUCAUCCUCAACCAGUUCUGAAAGUCCUGAAGGCUCUCUGGCAGACAUUUCCAGUAGCUCUCAACGGUAUACUAGUCUCCACUACCGUUGCAAGGAUAUGGAUUACAUCAAUAUUUCAGAGGGAACAUUGGACUUAAACAAUAAAAAAUCAUGCGACAUAGACUACGAGAAUGUCACUGAACCCCAGAAAAAGAUCACAGAGAAAGAUCAGAAAAACAGCGAUGAUGGCAAUGCAAGCGAUAGCAGUGACACAAGCGUUGAAUCUGCAGUCCAUUACACCAAGGUUGUUUUUCCUAAAGCAGAUAAAUGAAGGAUGUAAGUACAGAAGUCAUGCGGAGAUUAUGGUCCCACAGCAUCUCAUUUGGUUUUGUUCAGCAAUUUGUUAUAAAAUCAUGCAUGUGUAGAAUUUUAUAGGCCCUAAUAUUUUUCUUCUUAUACCAAUAAAAAAAUGUUUUAAAAUGUUGCUUGAGGGAAAACAUUAAUAAGACUUUAUUUUUUUAAGCAAAACCCCUUUGCUUUUUGUGUUUUUGCUUUGUUAUGUUAACAAAAUGGAUGGGGGGCAUCUAUUCCAGUGCUUUUUCAGGUGCACAUUUCAAAAUAUGUUCAGAAAACACCACAUCCUGUCAGGAAGGAACAACCAGACAUACAUCUGUGAAAGGCCAACAGUAAUAAAUAACAGCUUUACUGUACAUGUGCAGUUAUCAUUUACUGCACUCUAAUAAUAAACAUGCAU